AGCCCGGGCGGAGGGCCGCGCGUCAGGGUUGCAAAUCCAGUUGCGCGCUCGCUCUUCCCGCCCCUCCGUGGUUGACGUGAGAGACGGCGGUGGGGCUUGGACGUGAAAGAUGGCAGCGCUGGCGGAGCCUCUGGGGCUGGAGAGGGAUGUGGCCCGGGCGGUGGAACUGCUGGAGCGACUGCAACGCAGUGGGGAGGUGCCCCCUCAGAAACUCCAAGCCCUUCAGAGGGUGCUCCAGAGCAAAUUCUGCUCUGCCAUCCGAGAGGUCUAUGAGCAGCUGUAUGACACGCUGGAUAUUUCAGGAAGUCCGGAAAUUCGAGCCCAUGCCACAGCUAAGGCAACCGUAGCUGCUUUUGCUGCAAGUGAGGGCCAUGCGCAUCCACGGGUGGUGGAGCUGCCCAAGACAGAUGAAGGCCUGGGCUUCAACAUUAUGGGGGGCAAGGAACAGAACUCUCCCAUCUACAUAUCUCGCAUCAUCCCAGGGGGUGUGGCGGACCGCCAUGGUGGACUCAAGCGUGGAGAUCAGUUGCUGUCAGUCAAUGGCGUGAGUGUGGAAGGGGAGCAACAUGAACGAGCUGUGGAACUUCUGAAAGCAGCACAAGGGACUGUGAAGCUGGUGGUGCGCUACACACCCAAAGUACUUGAAGAAAUGGAGGCACGCUUUGAGAAGAUGCGGACAGCGCGGCGCCGGCAGCAGCACAACAGCUACUCAUCCCUGGAAUCACGAGGAUAGAUUUGCAUCACUGCAAAGGCGGCAGCUUGUGACUCUUGUGUCCUCCCCUUCCUUCCCUUCCCAAGAUGGUUUUAUCUGUAUAGCAGGAGACAUAUUUAUCUACCUUCUUCCCUUUGUUGGGAAGUGGGCUUCUAUGUACAGUAUUUAUUCGCCACAUUCCUCUUAUUUAAAGAUGUUCUGUGUGAGUGA